CUUGUCUUUUGCUUUUCUAUGUUUCCGCGGUUUCGCGGGGAUUUGUAUCGAGAAAUAACGUUAACUUGGAUUGGAAAAUGAUGGAACUCAAUGGGCACAUGCUAAUGGAUCGACGGUAGAAUUACAGAAUUGUGGUAGGCGCUCCUUUCCAGGAUGUUGACCGCAGAGGAACUCGGUCUUUCGUAACAUUUGGCGCGAAAACAUUGGUGGGUCGCGAAGAUGCAUGCAGAUGAAUCAUCAAUUAAGGUCCUUUGUUUGGUAAGGGGGCUUGUUUUCAGAAGGAACUUUGCUUACGAACUUGGAAAAUAGCAUGUUUGUGUCAGUUGUAGGAAUCCAUGAGUUGAUCUCCAAUAGUGUGCUACAUUAAUGGUUUUGAAGGAAUAGAAAAGCUCAAACCACAGAAGGGUAUGUACUGUCCUUAAAAAUUAGUGUGGAUGAGAGGAUUUCUGAUUUUUCUACGGCGAGAAUGUUUUGCAGCAUGAGGUGACAUGGUGGCAUAAUACAGCUGGUUUGCAGAAGAGGGACCCAUUGAAAAGGUGGAUUCCGACCAAGAACCUACCUUUGUAAAAGGACUGUAUACCAUUACGGAAGGAAGUUCAAAUUUUAGUUUCAUCACCAUUUUACCGAGUUUAAACGGGGUGCUAGUGAUUACUUCUGUUCAUGCUCAAGUCACUGUUUCUUGCAUAGACAUGAUCAACAACUUUUUCGGUCUAUUCGUGUGAGGUUUGGGAUCUGGGAGGAAAUUGGAGGAUAGCUGCUUGCAUUAGGCAUAGAAGCUGGAUGAGAAGACUGGUGUUGCAUUAUUGGAAUGGGAUAUGCCAUUUUGGGAAGUGGUGACCUUGCAUGGAUCGAGAAGUUGUUGAAGGUGACCUUUUUUGUUGACUGCUCUAUUCAUGGCCUGAUCAAGAAAAACAUGUUCUGUAUCCAUUGUGGUGCUUCACUUUGCUCACAAUGUACCUUGAAGCACUGCUCACAUCCUCUCAUUCAGAUCCGGAGGUACUUAUACAACGAUGUUGUCCGUCUCGAGGACAUGAGGAACCUGGUGGAUUGUUCUCAUAUACAGAGAUACAUUGUAAAUGGUUACCAAGCAGUUUUCCUGAAUCGCCAAGCCCGAACAGGACAGCUAAAAGACAUGGAUAACUGUUGCCGCACAUGCAAGAAGAUGCUUCAGCAUUCUUAUCAUUACUGCAGCAUAGCUUGUAAGGUAGAGGCUAUGCCAGAACAACUAGUUCAGCAAGCAAAGGGCACUUGCAUGCUAAAUUAUUCAACUUCAACUGCCAGUUCGAAGGUGACAGAAAUAUCUGAUGAUGGUGACAUAUGCAUUCGACGAAUUCAAAACUUUCUUCCAAGGAGGAAAAAAGGCAUCCCCAAACGGUCACCAAUGUUCUAGAUUUUAGAUUUUGACUUUUGUUUCGAGUGAUUAAGUGAUUUGUGAAUUCUGCAGAAUCAAGCAUACUUUGGUAAGUGAUGCUUGAAAUGUUGAUGCUUAUAAAUACUAUCCCGACAGAUACACAUAUAUAAUUUAAGGUUUUGUUCUCUCUCGGUGUCCCUUUGCAUCCUAACUUCAAAUAGUUGAAACUUUUAGCUGA